AUGCAGUGCAGACAAGUAGUGAUGCUGAUCAGAGACUGCACUGAAGCCUUCUCACAGAGAGAAGAUGAAGAAACUGCAGGAUUCUGCAGACUCAACUCAGCAGCAUUUCAAGCAGGGCUCAGACAUGCUGUGAGAGAGAAACUACAGAUUGAGCUUCUUGAAGCCACUGUCUCCAGAAUCAAGCUCUCCCCAGGUUUCUCUCUGAAUGAUCACACAGGGUUAUAUGCCACUGUAUUGACUGAGGGAGGGAGCAGCGUUGCAACAGUAGUGAGAGAAGUGAGAGACAGACUGAAUAUGAAUGAACUGAUCAGCAGAAGGGAUGACACCUCACUGCAAGGCACAGUGACUAUCACCACAGCUGCAAAAGAAGCAGAAGAAGAAGAAGAUGUGAUAAUGAAAGUGAUGCUCCCGCGGCUCAUUGAUGCCGCUGCCUCUGCCUUCAACCUGGCUUUCUUGACGGUCAUGAAGACCACCACUGUAUCAUGA